AUGGAACAAAGGAACAACGUCACUGAGUUCAUGCUCCUGGGGCUCACUCGGAGCCUGCAGGGUCAGAAAAUAUUAUUUGCUGUGUUCUUGAUGAUCUACCUGGUGACAAUGGCAGGCAAUCUGCUGAUUGUCAUGACUGUGGUGGUCAGCCCAGCCUUGGGUGCCCCGAUGUUCAUUUUUCUUGGCUUCUUAUCAUUUAUGGAUGCUGUUUGUUCCACGACAGUUACCCCAAGUAUAAUUAUAAACUUACUCCACGAGAAGAGAACCAUUUCCUUCAAAGCCUGCACGUCACAGCUCUUUAUAGCACACUUAUUUGGUGGUGUUGACAUAAUACUCCUGGUGGUCAUGGCCUAUGACCGGUACGUGGCUAUCUUCAAACCCCUGCAUUACCUGAUCAUCAUGAGACAGAGGCGGUGCGCUCUGCUUCUGCUGCUGGCCUGGGUUGGGGGUUUUGUGCAUGCUGUACCUCACGUUCUCUUUGUUUACAACCUUCCCUUCUGCUGCCCCAAUGUCAUCUACCACUUCCUCUGUGACAUGUACCCCUUACUGAAACUCGCCUGCAUGGACAUCUAUGUCGUUAGCCUCACAGUGCUGGCCAAUGGCGGGGUGAUCUCCGUGGCCAUCUUCACAAUCUUGCUCAUUUCCUACGGGGUCAUUCUGCACUCCCUGAAGAACCUGAGCCAGGAAGGGAGGUGGAAGGCCUUGUCCACCUGUGGCUCCCACAUCACCGUGGUGGUCCUCUUCUUUGUUCCUUGUAUUUUUAUUUAUGUGAGACCUCCCUCUACCUUGCCCAUUGAUAAAUCCUUGACACUGUUUUACACCGUUGUGACCCCGAUGUUGAACCCUCUCAUCUAUACUCUGAGAAACGCAGAGAUGAAAAGUGCCAUGAAGAAGCUCUGGACUAGAAAACAAAAUUGA